AUUAAUAAUUUAUAUAUACCAUAUGCCUGUGUCUCUCUAACUUGGUUUUCAUUUCAGGUCGCUAAUUACUGCAUUGGCGGACUGUUAGAUGUCGAGGAUGGGGUUUUUGGCCAGCGUAGAGUGUUCGAAGGAGACCUUCUUCGCCUUAAUUGGCAUCCCAAGCAGGCCAAAAAUAAAUCGGAUGGCGUAAAUUGCUUCCACGCCGGUGUUCCACUUUUCCAUCAUUCCCAGUGGAUAGCUGUGAUUAUUGAAGAUAGAAAUGCGGAACAAGCGUGUUCGCCGUUCGCUCUUGUGAAUUACACGGUUUUUGCAACUGAUGCUGCCGCGAUCUUGUUCUUGCACAAUUUUCAAUCUCCAUUUAAUUUGGCUGCUAAGGAGGACGAUAACUUCCGUUCCAAGGCUUUGUCCCUCCGCCACCGACUCGGUCAGCUCCUUCGUCGCGGCGCCAACAGCCCCGUUUUCAUAUCCCUGCCAAUCGACAUGUUCACGGACCUGCCCAACCAAUUGGCUGCGGCCUCCGAGUCGCCGUUGAUUGCCGUAACAGGCGCCAUCGAGUUCUUCGUCGAGUCGCCACCCGAUCGACACUCGGGCGCUGUCGCCUCCUCCUCCCCCUCCGCGCCUACCGACCUCAGCUCCAGCCUCCUGCUCCUCCUCAUUGUCUUCGUCCUCUUCCUCCUCCUCGCCAUCCUCUUCGUGCCUGCUCGUCUGGGCAUCUGCUUCUGGCAGCGGCUGUGCUUCGCCUCGGUCGCCUACUCCGCCAAGACCAAACGAUCGCGCAAGCUGACGGCUGCGACGAAAAAGGCGUUGAAACAGCUGCCAGUGAAGCACCUCAACCAAGUGGAUCCAUUGCUCUCCGAGGGCUUUGACCAGUGCGCCAUCUGCAUUGAACUGUUCAAACCCAACGACCUCAUUCGCAGCCUACCGUGCAGCAGGGCGGGCCAUUUGGGGCGGUGGGGGUGGCAGGGCAUGGGGGCAGGUGGUCACGGAUUCACCCCAGUGGGGAGGUCUGAGUAUGUGCGUCUUCGUCAUCGACGCCUCACAGAUUCCGCCACCACAGUUACCACUACCAUUUGUCCGGCCAACCUCCGUCUCAUGGUUUUGUGUCGAUUUCCAAAAGCUCUUCACACAGUCGGUUUUAAAUUCAACUGCCGACGUCUGCGUCUCCCAUUCGGUGAAUACUUUUCUCCACAGAAGACACGAGUUUCUCGAGCCGAGUCUGUGUCGAAAAUGCAAAUUGUUGCCAACCCACCGGUCCAGUUCUGGGGUAAUAAAAUUAACGAACACCGACACAUGUAUCACCGAGCGUGCAUUGACCCUUGGCUGCUGAAACACAGAAGUUGCCCCUUGUGCAAGCAGAACAUCCUCAUAUCUUGCGGCAUGUCAGUAGCUGAGGAGGACAUGGAUUCUUGUUCGGCGACAACAAGCGAACUCAACUCCGCGUUCUCUUUCUCUUCGGCCUCAAAUUCGCGUCGUCCUUCGAGCGUUUUCUCCUCCGCUUCCAGGUCCAUGGAGGCUUUAUUUUGCUUCAGUCUCGGGAACUCAUUCGGCCAUCGUCGACGUAGGACAGACCGACGUCAGCGACACCUAAGCUCCUCCUUCGAAGAGACUGAGCCUUCUCUGGGUCGUCGGGUUCUUGGUUCGGCAUCGGAGAACUCCUCGUCGUCGAUUUCUGCCACUGGUGCUGGUCCUAAUCCCUCUGAGGUUGUCGGCAGAACGCUGUUUGCUACCGCGCCAGGAGCUGCACUUUCGCCCCCAUUGGCAGAAAAGGUCGAUGACGAGGAGACGCGUCGCCAAAGCAACCUGCUGUGUUGCUGUAUUCCUGUAGAGAAGCGUGGAGAUGGAGGAGGAGGUAGUGGUGGUGGUGGCGGCGGCGGCGGCCAAAACAUCGGUGCCACUCCUUUCUUGUUUCCCGCGACGCCGCAUCAGUCUGCCAUGGUGUUCUACCAGCUGCCUCAAGCGAUGGCGUUCUCGCCCAUGUCGGUGGUGUCGAAAGCCUCACUUCCGUCUUACGAACAAUCGGGUCAAAUACGCUUUAACGAUCUCACCGUUGUUUUUCCGAACGCAGUAGCACAAGUACGAAGUGAUCAUUCUGCAGAGCACACAUUUCACCUACCCGCCUCAAAAUCCUCUAGUCCGUUUUCUCCUGAUAAAUUUGAAGUCUCUACUCCCAAUGUCGCCUCACAUGGUGUCAGUUCCAGUAUAAGGGCCGAUCCUGAUAGGAGACAGGCGAAGGAUAUUUACCGCAGUGCUCUCCACUAUGUAGACCGCUUAUUUGUGAUACACUACUUGGAGGCCGUUAGCCUUGUCCACAAUAUCCGUAUUUUCUCCAUGAACAGUUUUUCUCUCAUGGUUUGGGGUGUCUUACGUCAGCCGUCUAAGGGCUCAGCAUCUGUUUUACCGAAUAAUGGGCAGUUUCUCCCUAGUCAACAGUUUUUUUUUACGUGGGCGCUGCGCCAUAGUGGGCGUAAGUGGGAGAAGCCCUCGUCUCCUUCAGCCCCCCUCGCCUGCCUGAGGCUGGUGGCAGGUGCGGUUGCCCCUAGCACACUCCUGACACUGGCGGCACCCCACCAAGUGCCUCAUCAGCCAAUCGUCAACUGGAACCAGCGGGUUGUGGUCGGCUCAGGCGAGGCCCUCCCCUACCCCCCUCCGGACUUCCACCGACACCCAACCGGCCAGCCCCAGCAGCUGCGCUCUGGCGCCAAAACCGACGUCGUCUACGCGGUUCUUUCGGCGUCCGGUGCGAGGAUGUGCGUCGACGGCACCACCCCAGCCCCGCAUCUUCAUUGUGAUGCCAGUUCUAAAACGCCAAUGUUUGUCAAAACGAAUGCUCCCCGCAGUUCGGACGCCUUCGGUGGCUACAGACAGGGCUUCUACUCCUCACCUCCGCCCAUGGAUGACUCCAGACCACCUCCACCAGCCUAUCCGUUGGCGACAGCUUCGGUUGAAGCGAAACUUGACUCGGUACGUUCUCUUGACGCCAUGCACCCACUACUUCGAGCUGCUCGUUUCAUCGCGUCGGGGUUGUCGAGGUCUCGGCUCUUUCCACCGACUCCGCUGAAGUCGGAGUUCUCCAAACGCUACUACGACCACGUGAAAGGCCACCAUCACCACCACAGUAGUCAUCACCACCAUCACCACAACCACGGUGUGUCACUCAACUCCGCGAAAUUUUGCUCCUACUUCCCGGUUCGACCGCUCGACAAGCAACACCGUCGAAAAACUCGGCAUCAUCGACGACACCGACCCUACGACGUGGACCACGGCAGUGCUGGUGGUGUUGGUAGUGGUCAUGAACUAGGCUACGCGUCCCUAGGAAAGACCCUUAUCCUCGGACCCGAUGGGGCCAUCAUUCAGCAGGGGUUUGAGUCCAACUCCCUCUCCGAAUCCUCCUGCGAGGAGAACCAAAGGAGACUAGCGGAGUGCCUGUUUGAGGACGUCGAGGCGAGCGGACAUCAGCACAUCCGUGUGCGCAGUGUUCGAGUGACCGUUGAACCGCAAGUGGUGCAAUGCCACAUUGAACCCGGCAGCUCAGGCUCCGAAAAAGGAAAUCCUGGUCCAGGGGAGUUUGACGAGAAACCUCCCCUGGCUAGCCGUCGUCGUCGUCGUCGUCGUCGUCCCAACUCCUUGCCAAACACGCCUCUGAUCUCAUCCGACGACACCGCCUGCUCCAUGAAGCCGCGACCCAGCGCUUCUGCUCCGUCUGUCUUCGUCUCCCCCUGCUCCACCCCCUCCUCCUCUCCCCUGUCCCCCUAA